GACAGGUGCAGACAAAAUGAGUCGCACCACAAGAGCCACAAGUAGCAACACCAGCGGGAGCACGUGGCGCGCCAUCGUCCACCGUCCUCUGAGUUGACCUGGUCACGGAACUUCAAGACUGUAACCAAAUUGAAUGAUCAGUAAAAGUGGCGCCACUUGCAUAGGAUUCUGUUCCAUCCAAGAUGCUGGAGACACCCUCUGCCACCCACCUGCGUAUCCUGAAACAAGUGAUGAAGGUCUCUGGUGUAUGCCUGGGCGUCGUCAACAUGGGUUUGAUGUUGGUGUGGCCCAGCGUCGCCUUCGCUGACAUGCAGCGGGAUAAUUCUACAAUAUACGGGAAUAGCAUCACACUCUCUGACACCCAGAUGGAUUUCGUCGGAAGUAUUUUACCGGCUGGGAGUCUCCUCGGCACCCUAGCAGGCGGGCACCUGGUUGCUCGUAUCGGCCGUCGUGGGUCCAUGCUGUGGCUGACAAUUCCAUGUGUGCUUGCAUGGGUCAUAUUGGCGGUGUCCUACAAUCUGGCUACGAUCCUCAUUGGCAGAUUUGUCAACGGAUUAUACUGCGGUCUAGUGGUGGUGGCAGGUUGGGCGUACGCUGUGGAACUCCCGGACAUCGCAGUGCGAGGUUCCUUGGCUGCGUUUCCGACACUUUUCCUCCAGCUUGGAUACAUCAUUGUCCUGGUCUCCGGUUUGUGUCUGAGAUGGUACCAAAUCUCCUUCGUCGGCAUCGGCACGAGCAUCAUUAGUGUGGUUGCACUGUGGUUUAUCCCGGAGAGUCCCAGCUACCUCAUCGCUACUGGCCGAGAGGACGAAGCGAGAAGGGAACUAAGAUCUCUCAGAGGUGUUCAUGCAGACAUUGAAGACGAAAUAAACGACCUCCGAGUUAAGAACAGUAAUUUAAAAAGCGUCUCCUUUUUCGAGAUCCUCAAAAUCCCAGACAUAAGAAAGACUUUGAUUGUCUUGUUCGUUCUAUUUUUUAUACACAACUUCUGCGGUAUGCAAAUUUUCACCGUGAAUAUGACUCGUAUCUUCCGUGAAUCAGGGACACUGUUGGGCGAAGCCAUCUCCUCACUGAUUGUAUUCCUAACGCUGCUGGUGGGGAGUACUGUCUCAAUUUUCACCAUAAAUCACAUUGGAAGACGGAACUCCAUGGUUAUAUCCUUGUCCAUUCUUGUCGUUUGUUUGGUAAUGUUUGGAUCAUAUGUGCACACCACAGAUUCUGAAAAGGCAGCAAGAGCUGAAGAAAUCAAGAAAAAUGCAUCAGCAAUGUUAACGACACAUACCAUAAAAGUAAAAAAUGAAAGUAAUUUAGUUGAGUAUCACCCUCCACAUAGCAAGAUCACUUCUGAAAUCCUUAACAUCGUUUCCACACAUGAAAGAGACGAAUCAACGUUUAAAGCGAAAAACGAAACGGUGAUGGCGAAGUCCUGGCCAAGAAGACAUAGGUGGGUGCCAGUUAUCUGUCUGCUGGUAUUCAUGGCAGGGGCCAGUCUGGGUAUCACGCAAGUACCAUUCAUCCUCAACAACGAGUACUUCCCCACUUACAUCAGAGCUCAGGCUUCCAGCAUUUGCUUGAUGGCGAGCAAUCUCCUCAAUGUCCUGGCGGUGCAACUCUUCACACCAAUGCAAGUUGUCCUCACACCAGCAGGCUUUUACUGGUUCACUGCCGGCAUCUGCACCCUCGGCGUCAUAUUUUCAUUUGCUUUCAUCGUAGAAACAAAAGACAAAGCCAUUGGAUAGAACAUGGGACCUGUCUUUGCCUCACAUCUGUAGAUUUACUGACAACCUAUGUUUAUAAAUAUAUGUGUACGUGACCUUUUCAUACGCAUUUGCUAAGAACAAUCUUGCUAUUGAAUUGUCUGAAAGUGGGAAGAUCAUAAAAUAAGUAGUGGGUAUAGAAAUUAUGUUUGAUAUUUUUUCCUCAUCAAUGGAACAUUACCUUGGCUUAGUGAAGGGAUAAUAGGCUAUCGGGUUCAACCUUACUUACCUUUGGCGCCAAAAGAGAUGACAAAAUUCUCACUUGGUGUCAGAGAGCGAGCGCCAUUCAACUAGUUUGCUCUGGUUGCAUGGGAGAGGAGCACUGAUAAUUAAUUAUUUGACCUUCGACUCAAGACAUUUCAAUGGUUUUAGACUUUUAGUAUAGAUUUGAUGGUUAAGUGAUAAGGAGACGUUUUCUGUAUGUGCAAGUUACUGUUACGUAUCUUUACAUAUCACCUUCGAAUGCUAACUAAACCGCCUAUUACUAGUGGACAAAUAGCGUCUAUGGUUGCCUUGCACCGAGGAAUAAGAUCAUUAAAAAACAAAUAUAUAUCUAUAUAUUUAUCUGUUUGUCUAUCUAUCUAUCUAUCUAUCUAUUUAUCUAUCUAUCUAUCUAUCUA